AUGGGUGGCUCGCUCAGGAGAUUUUUCCCAAUGGUUCGUACCGCUUGGUGCGGUGAAACGUUCUGCAUCAUGGGGGUGACCAAGGGGUCUCGGUGCGAGAGGACGUUCUGUGGUAUGGGGGUGACCGUAGGGUCAUGGUGCACUCCCCCUGUGGUGGUCAUCGGUGGCUUGGGCCUGUCAGUUUGCUGGGGACCCAGUCUCGCGCGCAUGGCGCCCGACAACUGGGAUCUCCUGUCACGUCGUCUUUUUGACGAGAAGUGGGUGGAGUCUGAGCUUUCUUCACGGGGAGCUCGAGGCAUAGGUGUGUGUGGCUCAUGCGGCCUAGCGCUGCGUGUUUCAGGGAUUGCUCCCGCUGUUCCAGGACUUGAAGAUUUGGAUAUGAGAAGCUCAAGAAGCCAGAUAAAACUCCUAGGCACCCUGAUAUCGAUCUCAGGAGCAUUGAUUGUAACCCUUUACAAGGGCCCUCCUAUUAUUGGUGGUGGUUCAAUGUCCUCCAACAACCAUCUUCUGAAAACUGCAGACAAUUGGGUCAUUGGAGGCCUUUUUUUUGCAGCUGCUUGUCUUUCACUUUCAACAUGGAACACUUGCCAGAGUACAACAGUAUCUCUGAUUGCCGUGAGAGACUCAAAUGCUUGGAAACUAAGGCCUGAUAUUGAACUCAUCUCUAUAAUCUACUCAGCCAUUAUUGGAGGUGUGGUAGCAUUUUUUGUACAAAAUUGGUGCAUAAGGAGGAAAGGGCCUGUUUUUGCGUCAAUGUUCAAACCCUUGGGCAUGGGAAUUGCUGCCAUAAUAGGCUGUUAUGUAGUGGCAUGGCCACAAUACAGAGAAGAGGAAGAGAGUAAAGUCUGUGAAGUUGUCAUGCUGUCUUCAACCUUUGAGAAGGCCCCAAUGUUGGAUGAGCCACAGGGAAGCAUAAGCCAAUUUGAUGGGUUUCACUGUGGAUACAAGGAAUAUAAUUCUGUUUAUUCUGUAACAUAA